AUGACGAAGGAUGCUGGAGUACAGUUGGAAGAGAUGCAUCUCAAGGAAAACAAGUUGUCAGUAUUGGAGAUGGAUUUUGGAGUGACGUCACACGAACUGGCACAUGCACUUGGUAUAUUUCAUGAACAGUCGAGAUUCGAUCGAGACGAUUCAGUGACUUUCAAUCCAAGAGUCGUGGAGAAAGAUUUGUUGUUCAACUUUGCCAAAAUAUCCCCCCGUCAAAUGUCAACUUACGGUUUACCUUAUGACAUCGGAAGCGUUAUGCACUACACUCCAACAGAAUUUUCAAACAUUCCAUCUAUUCCUACUUUAACUGCAAUUGAUACAAAUCUUCAACAAACGAUGGGUCAACUAGAAGGACCUUCUUUCAUAGACGUUUACAUUAUGAAUCAACAUUAUCAAUGCCAAGAUAAAUGUCAAACACAAGCUCCUUGUCAAAACGGAGGAUUCACGAACUCUCGAAAUUGCAAAGUGUGUAAGUGUCCAACGGGAUUCGGAGGUCCUUUCUGUCAACUGAUUUCUCCAUCAUUUUCUCCUUUUUGUGGUGGUUUACUCAAUGCGGAAGAGACAUCCAGAAGAUUUGAUAUAACAAUCAGACAGUCAACAAAUACCCGAUCAAAAACGUGUGUUUAUCAUAUAAAGGCUCCCGAAGGAAAAAAGAUCAUCGUAGAUAUUCUGAGAAUAGACUCAAAGUGCAUUGAAGGUUGUUAUCAAGAUGGAUUAGAACUAAAGAUGAAAAAGGAUUAUCGGCCUGUUGGCUAUAGAUUCUGUUGCCCUGAAUCAUCUCGUCGGAAACUGAUAUCUGAAACUAACCUUGUUCCUUUUAUGGUGUAUUCAAGAGAAGAUGAUUUCUCUGUUUCAUUUGAAUACUCUUUCGUUUCUGCCACUGCUCGAUUCGACGAAGAAACCAAGACACAAGACGUUCUAAUUGAGAAUUCAGAUGGAGUUUUCGUAUCUGAUUCCAGUUCUUCUCUACUUCAAAAAUUAGGUUUUCGAAGACAUUUAUAG